AUGGAAGCCACUCAUGACCUGGCUCGCCAGGACAGCCUGAAUGAGUCCAGUUUGAACCAGGCCCUGGCCACGCGUUUCGCCCGUGACCUCAUUUACACCUAUGUUGGGGACAUUCUUCUCGCUGUCAAUCCCUAUGCUGACUUGCCGCUCUACGACAACAUUCAUUCCCUGCGCUAUACCAAAGUCUCUUCCAAGGCCGAACACCCGCCCCACCUCUUUGCCAUUGCCGACGCCGCUUUUACACAGAUGAUGCGCACCCGUCAGCCCCAGGUCGCUGUCAUCUCUGGCGAAUCGGGCGCCGGCAAAACGUUCAGCACCCGCCUCUUUAUCCGCCAGGUCAGCCCAAGCACCCCAGGCCGUACCAAUCCUGUUCUCGAAGCCUUUGGCAAUGCGCAAACCGUGAUGAACAGCAACAGCUCGCGCUUUGGCAAAUUUAUCGAACUACAGUUUACGACACAAGGCCGUGUAGUGGGAGCGAGGCUGGCUCACUAUCUGCUGGAAAAGGCGCGGGUGGUGUCCCAAGGCGAGGGCGAACGCAACUUUCACAUCUUUGAAAUGCUCAUCGAGGGCUGUGAUGACGAAGAACGUCGACGCACGGGUCUUCACCUUUCCGACGAAUGGCAGUAG